AAAAUGGGCCUGAACUCUUCCAAGGCGCACCCCAAGGUGACCAAGGUGGCACCAGUGUGCACUGGGGAGGACCUGCCUGUUCUCACCACCCCAUAUUGGCACCCCAGCAUGCCGGGACAGCCGAACCUGCACCCUCCAGCUGCGGCGAAGUGGGGAAACACUACCAUUCACAAGGAACUUCCACCUCUCCGGGAGACCUGGUACAGACGAGCCUCUGCAGGACCCCUUUCUUUCAACACUGUGCCAGAAAAGGAAGAAACCAGCAUCAUUAAACAGCACCCACCUCGAAGACCUCAAAGGCUUGAACCUGCCUGCCCUCUGCAAGCAAUUGCUCCUGCAAAGCCCUGGAGUCAGCAAGAAGUGGCUGCAAGCCCAAAGCCAAAGGCUCUGGAGAAGAAGGGGCAAAGCCUGAGACACCUCCCUGGUAGGCGGCAGCACUUGCACAAGCUGCAGAUGUUGGACUUGACCCGCAGGCGCCAAGAGGCAGAGCUGAAGCGAAAUCUCCACAGGGAGGCAAACAUCAAUAAACAAAACAUGAAGGAAUUCAGCCCGAAGAAAGUCCUUGACAGUCUCCAGAGAGGCAAAAGCACUGAAAGCAGAGACCUCGUCCCUGCUGAGCACAAUCAGCAUUUUCAUGGAGAUGACCAUGGAAACAUGUGGGAUGAAGGACUCUCCAGGCAGCAUGAUGAGGGAUGGAGGAUGAGGGAGCUGCAGAUGAGGGAUCUGUUCUGGGACACCUCCAGCACAGGGUCUGAGGAGUGGGAAAGGGAAGAGAAGAUUUACCACAAACCUACGCUUGUGAGAACCAAGACAGAGAGAGUUUCUCUCUUUGAUGACUUCUUUGAUAGGGAUUUCUAG